AGUGCAAUACGAUUGUAGGUGCGGCCGGCGGUGCGGCUAGCUUGACCUGACUUCGUGUGUGAGGGCUCACUUGACCGCAGUUACAGGAAGCACCCUGGAGCUGUGACGUCAACUCUGAAUGGGUCAGUUUGAGAGAGCUAGUGCGUUGCGUUGACCGUGUUUAUGUUAACGUUUGUACAGUAAUUCCAUGUUAAUGCUUGUACAGUAAUGUUUAUGUUCAUGUUUAUGUUAGCUUACCGGUCGGAAACUUCUCAGGAUAUGCUAGCUAAUCACCUGAGCAGGUGAGAUACCCUAGAACAGGUUUGCCUACAGGAAGCGAAGAUAAGAGUUAUUGAAAUACUCGUUGACUAAUCAAAGAAAAAUUGGCAGAUUAGUCGACUACCAAAAUAGUCUUCUGUUGCAGCCCUAGUGCAAAUAGAUCCAUAGUUAGGGAUUGUGUUGUUCUUAUGUAAAUACACAGGAAUAGGAUAACGUACAAGAAGACUGUCUUACUGCCCUAUCCACAGUGACUAUGUAUUUUUCUCUGGAGAUUCAGGGUGGAAGGAAAACAUUGAAAGAGAAAUAAAUAUUUGUUAACAUCAUGACGUUCUCACAAUUGAGACCCCUGUAAGGGAGGAAAGGGGGUUUUCUUUUGCAAUCUACUGGAGUUUGUGAGCCUAUUUUCAUUAAGAAAAUGCAAGUUAAUCAUUUUGCAGCUGGACGUUUGAAUGAACCCAGACCACGGCCAUUGUAUCAUCCCCUUUGCAUGUUGUUGUAAGGAGUUCUUCACUUUCCUCUCAAGUCCACCACAGAAGCAAAUGAUAAAACUAUCUCCUGCUGUAACAUGAACCUUAACCAUCGUGUACACUUUAUGUCAUCAAAAAUUUCCAUGAACCAUUGUAGUCAUUUUAAAGUGCACUUAGAUGUAAUACUACAAAUUAGUUUACAAAAAUAUGAUAUUGUGCAUACAUUGAUUAUCUCAAAUUUAGAUGUUUCAUUUGAGCUCAGUCUUUAGAAAAUGUCAUUGUCAACUAACAGCUGAAAUUAGUUUUUUUAUGGUUUAGAUCUAUAAACAUUUAGACUACAUUGUAAAGAUGAAGAAUUUGACUGUAACACAAUGAAAGGAAACUGAAACCAAAUACUGCUGAAGCUCUUUUGCCAGAGGGUAGAGAUCAAGUUACGUGAGCUGACAUUAAAACAGACAAGGGGAUUUAUUUUUUUUUUGCAACACUAACAAGCUGUUUGUUACAUGAGGAAAGCAAAACUAAAAACAAUAGGCAGAGCGAGUUAAGAGUAGAUAUUUUAGUAAUCACCUUCUGUUCAUCCAGAGACUCCCUCAUGAGGGCCAACUUUCUGAGUUCAGAUAAGUUUCAUUUUCCAGUUUCCACGUGACACAGGCAGUCCAAACAAAAUUGAAAACAUCACCAGCUUGCAACUGUCUUGUGACGGCUGAAAAAGAGAAGAAACUACACAGAGCUUCGUCACUGUAUCUGUAUUCUAUGCCACGCAAAAAUAUUACUGAACAAAAGGGCACUGCGAAAUGGCAGAUUUUGGACUGCAUAACUACCAGCAGGAAGUGGUUGAAAGGGCUCUUAAAGGAGAGAACAUCAUAAUAUGGUUACCGACGGGAGGUGGAAAGACUCGCGCUGCAGUGUAUGUGGCCAAAAAACACCUGGAGACCACACCAAAUGCUAAAGUGAUCGUCCUCGUAAACAAGGUUCAUCUUGUUGACCAACACUACAACAAAGAGUUUGAGCCUCACCUGGGUUGUACCUUCAUUAUUAAGAAAGUCAGUGGAGAGAAUAAGGAAAAGGACUUUUUUGGGUUAGUGGUGAAGCAGUCACAAGUAGUCAUCUGCACAGCGCAGAUCUUGUACAACGCUCUGAUUAACAAAGAGGAAGCAAGACAUGUCGAGCUCUCAGAUAUUACUCUGCUGAUAAUUGAUGAGUGCCACCAUACUCAGAAGGAGGAAGCCUACAACAAAGUAAUGAGACUCUAUGUGGAGAAAAAGUUGAAGGGAGAAAAACCACUGCCACAGAUCUUGGGCCUCACAGCAUCUCCAGGAACAGGAGGCGCAAAGACCCUGGACAAGGCUGUGGAGCAUGUACUGGAGAUUUGUGCCAACUUGGACUCAGUCAUAGUUUCAGCUAAAGAAUAUGCAUCUGAACUGAAGGAAGUGGUGCCCAAACCCAGAAAAAGCUUCAAAAUUGUAAAAGAAAGACUUAAAGAUCCGUUUCGUGAUCAUCUGAUAUCGAUGAUGAACAUCAUCCACAGUCGCAUGAACCUUCCCCCAGACUUCAGACUUAAAGAGUGCGGAACACAAGAAUAUGAGGCAGAUGUGGUGAAUCUAGAGCACCAAGGCGUACAGGAGAAAAACAGGCUGCUUGCACAAUGUGCGUUACACCUAAGGGAAUAUAAUGAUGCCCUCCUCAUCAAUGACACCUUACGGAUGAUUGAUGCUUAUCGCUCCUUAGAGGAGUAUUACUCCAAAAAGAAAACCAAUCCCAUUGAUGGGACAGACACCUUCCUGUUGGAACUUUUUGAAGAGAAUCAGGUGGAGCUAAAGAACCUAGCUAUGGAUUCUCGCUUUGAUAACCCAAAGAUGGAUGAACUUCAGAGCACUCUGUUACAACAAUUUGGGUCAGGUGUCCCAUCAAGGGCAAUCAUCUUCAGUAAAACUCGUAAAAGCGCCCACUGCCUGAAAGACUGGGUCCUCAAAAACAGGGCAUUGCAGGAAGUUGGCAUCAAGGCAGACAUCUUCAUCGGCGCUGGUAAUGGCAACACCUACAUGACACAGAAUGGACAGGCAGAAACAAUCAGGAAUUUCCGUAUGGGUUCUCUGAACCUCCUGAUCUCCACCAGUGUGGGCGAAGAAGGUUUUGAUAUACCUGAAUGCAACCUGGUGGUGCGCUACGGACUCCUUACUAAUGAGAUCGCCCAGCAGCAGGCCAGUGGACGUGCACGAGCAAAAGACAGUCAGUAUGCAGUCGUAGCCCAAGCAGGCGGGCGUGAAGAUCGCCGAGAGCGCAUGAAUGAAUAUCUGGAGGAGCUGACUGGACAAGCCAUUGACCGUGUGCAAACUAUGACCCCUCAAGACUUUUGCACAAAGAUUACUCAGCUUCAAGAGAUGGUAGUCACUUGCACCAAAAUUGAACAGAGGCGCCAAGCAGAGAAGAGGAGUCGUAACACUGCCUCCAGUAUCCAGCUCUUGUGUCGAAACUGUUUUGCCCCUGUGGCUUCUGGCAGUGACAUCAAGCUAGUUGAGAACAUGUACGUCAACGUCAACCCUGACUUUAAGAAACACUAUACAUUUGGAGAACAACUGACUCUAGAAAGAAGCUUUGAGGACUGGGAGCCUGGGUGUACAAUCAGUUGUAAAAUAUGCAGCAAGAAAUGGGGAAAUGAAAUAAAGUACAAGAAGUGUGCCAUACUGCCAAAUCUAGCCAUUAAGAACUUUGUUCUGGAGAGCCCUGGUCAAGAGCGGCUCCCAGUGAAGAAGUGGAAGGAUGUACCUUUCACUGUUGAGGAGUUCAACUUUCAACAGUACUGCCAGGAAAAUUUCACUGACUUGCUCGAUUAAGACAUCAAUAAGAGAGCAUUUGUUUUGUACAUAGAGUAUUUCCUCAUUCACAUCUCAAGUCAAGUACAGAAGCAAAGAACAUGAACCAUCAUGAGCAUUUGACAUGUCAUUAAGAAAAGAUUCAUUUUACAUGAAUUUUUAGCUAUUUUACAAUUAGUUUAGAUGUAAUAUUACCAAUGUGUGUUUGAAUUAUGUAAGUGGGAGUACAGUGAUACUCUGACAUUUAUAUAAAUACUUAGCUUAAUGUUAAGAAAUUGUCUACUAAGUCUAAAUCCCUUUUUGUGUGUUUAAUAUGAAUUAAUGUUACAUUAAUUAAUAUCAAAUAAAAUCAGACAUGUCUUUUGAAAUGAUUGAUUUUGACUUUAUUAGCCAGUAGGUGUCACUGUUGGAUAGCCAAUGUUCACAAUCUGCAAAACGCUACAGUUCUCAUCUGCCCUCAUUACUGCUAACAAAUGGUGUGACUAAAGCCAGGAUUGAAGCUUUCCAUGUGGAUUUUCACACUAAAAAAUUGGUCCUCUAUGGCCCGGGGCUCUGAUGUAAUAGAAGUGAGUCUGAAUACAUAGAUAAAGUAAAGAUAAGGCUGAGAAAGAAUGAAUGUGUGACUCUACUCACAGUCAAACUUGUCAAAACCCUUGAGCAAGGCAUUCAUUCCCCAAAUGUUUCAGUGAAGUUUCUCAUUAGCGACUACAUUGAGAUGGUAUAGUCUCCUGAUGUAUGUGUGGAGCAUAGCAAAGCAAAUAUUGUGCACUCUUUUCAGUCAACUGAUGUACAAGAAAAGAUGCUUUUUAUAUCUAUAAGUAAAAGCAUUAUAUGAAAAGGUGGUACUUAAAAACACCGUCCUCAAAGACCGUCUGUUUACAUAUUUAAACUAUAACCUGAAUGCUGCCAUGAAAUGUUUUGACUGUUUCAGAUCACCAUGCUUCUUCUGCAUCGCUAGAUCAAUAUGUGCUUAUGCAUUUCAGCUUGGAUCAUUUAACAUCAAAUAAACAGGGGAAGUGA